AUGCAUCUUCAAAACUGCAUUCUACUGGCGACCUACCUGUGGAGCUCCGUCACCAACUGUCUCCCAAAAAGCUGCGACGCUAUAGAUCCCUUCAAGGAUAAUAAUAAGCUUGAGACUCUCCUUCAGAAAUUCGAUACCAUAGUCUGCCAGAAGGGCUGCAAGCCAACUGUAUCCCAAUUCAAAGACUGGGGAAAAGAAGCUCUCUUUGAUCCACUGCUGUCCUCCACUAUGGGCAAGAUGGGCUUGCCUAACGUCCCCAAGAUCACAAGCGGCAUUUCAACAGACGUCACAAACGAUUUAAUAGACAACUGUGCAGGGUCAAUGCGGGAUCAGGAUGUUUGUCAGGGCUCUAACCUGGAUGCCAUCGGACAGUGCCUAAAGGAGAAUAUGGUGUCGGUUGCGAUGAACAAGGUGGAGCCAUAUUCCUUUAUUGUUACUGAGGAUAUGUGUAAGAAAGCCAAGGUGUAUCUGGAAGGGGAAGAGCUUUGGGAACAGUUGAUACCACAAUAUUUUGAUAAGUAUGCUUCAAAGUGCAAGGACCUAUAA